AUGACAGCAUCACGAAGAAUAGAGACAGGAAGGUCCAGCUUGAAUCGGGGCAUCUAUGUUCCCACUGUCGCCUUCUUCACCCCAGAGGACGAAGUCGACGUCGAGACCACCAUCUCCCAUGCCACCAGACUGGCACAGGCAGGCGUCGCUGGGCUUGUCACUCACGGCUCUAACGGCGAGGCGGUCCACCUUGACCACGAGGAGCGCAACCUCAUCACCAAAGCUACGCGCAGGGCCCUCGUGCAAGCAGAUAAGCCUGACCUGCCCCUGAUCGUCGGUUGCGGCGCCCAGUCCACGCGCGAGACCAUCAAGCUCUGCCGCAGUGCAGCCGAGUCGGGAGGUACCCAUGCCAUGAUCUUGCCGCCGUCAUACUACGGUGGCCUUUUGACAACCGAGCUCAUUGUCCAACACUUUGAGGACGUUGCCAACGCCAGCCCCAUCCCGCUCCUCAUCUACAACUUCCCGGCGCCCUGCGGCGGCCUCGAUCUCAGCUCGGAUACCAUCCUCCGUCUUGCGAGACACCCCAACAUUGUCGGCGCGAAGCUGACGUGUGGCAACACGGGCAAGCUGGCCCGCGUCGUCGCCGGCACGAGGGACCUGGACUUUGUCACCUUUGGUGGCAGCGCCGACUUCACCAUCCAGACCCUCUCCGUAGGCGGCCACGGCGUCAUCGCAGGCACAGCCAACCUCGUGCCGCGUCUAUGCCUCCGGCUGAUGCAGCUGUGGGACGACGGCGCCAUGGCAGAAGCCACAGAGCUGCAGGGCAUCGUCGCGCGUGGCGACUGGGCGGCCAUCAAGGGCGGCUUUGUGUCUGUCAAGGCCGCGCUGCAGCGGUACUAUGGGUACGGCGGACUACCGCGCCUGCCGUGUGCGGUCCUCGAGGGCAAGGCGCUGAAGGCGCAAAUGGUGGAGUUCCGGGAGGUGAUGGAGCUGGAGAGGCGGUCAUUAGCUGCAGGAUCGUAG